AUUUAUUUUGGCUACCCGUGCAGGAUGUUGGAUACACUUGGUUUUUAAACUACUACAUUUUGUAGAGGAGAAGAGGACAGCAUCUAGUGGAUGAACGCUUCCGGGUCCUUUUUACGCGCCCCCCUCCUCCAGGACUCUUCAGAAAUCCCCCAGGAAGAGUCCUCCACCAUGGUGUCCUCCAUACAUUCCAGAAGGCUGAAGUAUCUAUCUCUGGGAGUUCUGGUUUUGCAGACCACCUCACUGGUACUCACCAUGCGCUACUCCCUCACUCUAAAGGAAGAUGGCCCUCGCUACCUCGCGUCAUCCGCUGUAGUGUCCGCCGAGGUGAUGAAGAUCAUCGUCUGCACCCUUCUGGUCUUCAUGGAGAACAAUUUGAGUGUGCGGGCCAUGAAGCAGCUGUUGAAGGAGGAGAUUGUGAGCAAGCCUCUGGAGACCAUGAAGCUGGCCAUUCCUGCAGGAAUCUACACACUGCAGAACAAUCUACUCUAUGUUGCCUUGUCCAACCUGGAUGCAGCCACAUAUCAGGUGACGUACCAGUUGAAGAUUUUGACCACAGCGCUGUUCUCAGUCUCUAUGUUGGGCAGGAGGUUGGGUUUCUAUCAAUGGCUGUCCCUUCUCGUCCUUAUGGCCGGAGUCACGUUAGUACAGUGGCCCACGGGGUCCGGAGGAGAUUCAGAACAGAAAGUCCUCUCGGCCAGCACCCGGUUUGUGGGUCUGAUGGCUGUGCUGAUGGCAUGCAUUUCCAGCGGCUUUGCUGGGGUUUACUUUGAGAAAAUUCUCAAGGAGACCAAACAGAGUUUGUGGGUUCGUAACAUCCAGCUGGGUUUGUUCGGGUUUGUCUUUGGUACAUUAGGAAUGAUGGUGUAUGACGGCGGGCGAGUGACACAAUCUGGAAUGUUUCAAGGCUAUAGCAAGAUAACUUGCACAGUCGUUGUCUUACAGGCUUUAGGAGGCUUAGUCGUAGCGGUGGUCAUUAAAUAUGCCGACAACAUCCUGAAAGGGUUUGCUACCUCUUUGUCCAUCCUCGUGUCCACGCUGAUCUCAUAUUUCCUCUUGGAAGACUUCAACCCUACUGGUGUGUUUUUCUCAGGGGCAACACUGGUUAUUGCAGCUACAUUUUUGUACAGCUACGAGCGCAGACCUGCCAGUGGCAGCGCUGUAAAAGUAUAACGGAGAGAAGACCUCCCGCCAGCAAAAUACAAACGGAGCAGGACUCUGUCAAGUGCUGGAACAAGAUGGGUGUUGGGAAUAAAGACUGUUACUGUCAAUCUGCAAAUGACUGGACAGGUAUGCCGCUGCAUCGCUGCAGCUUUGCUCAUGAAAUGAGAAAACUGUUGUCAUACGCAAUGUUGCGUAAACAAAAGACAUUUCUGUUUUAAAAAAAAAAAAAAAGUAUUGUAGUAGCUCAUUGCUGGCAGGACUUGACUGGAUAUCUUAAUUUAUUAAAGGAUCAGUUAUUGUCUACAAAGAA